AUGGUGAAAUUUUCUGGGUAUAUGCAACUUGGUGAUACUUAUUCCAUGAGUGGACAAUUGGAUAGAUCCAUUUUGUGUUAUGAGUCGGGUUUGAAGAUCCAAAUGGAUAUUUUGGGUAAGUCUGACCCGAGAGUUGCAGAAACUUGCAGAUACUUAGCUGAAGCCCAUGUUCAAGCCAUGCAAUUCGACGACGCAGAGCACUUCUGCAAGAAAACACUUGAAAUUCAUCGGGAGCAUUGCUCACCCGCUUCCCUUACAGAAGCAGCAGACCGGCGUCUCAUGGCUCUUAUAUGCGAAGCAAAGGGAGAUUAUGAACCAGCACUCGAGCACCUUGUCCUAGCCAGCAUGUCAAUGAUUGCUAACGGACAAGAUACUGAGAUUGCAGCUAUUGAUGUUAGCAUUGGAGAUAUUUACACGUCGCUUUGUCGUUUUGACGAAGCUGUUUUUGCCUAUCAGAAAGCAUUGACAGUGUUCAAAUCUACGAAGGGUGAACAUCACAGUUCUGUGGCUUUAGUGUACAUUCGACUAGCUGAUCUUUACUACAAGACAGGAAAAUUAAGAGAGUCGAUAUCCUAUUGCGAAAACGCAUUAAGGAUAUACAGUAAACCUGUGUCUGGAAUAACUGCCGGAGAGAUUGCAAGUGGUUUAACUGAAAUCUCUGCUAUCUAUGAAGCUCUAAACGAGCCCGAGGAAGCGCUGAAGCUCUUGCAAAAGGCGGUGAAACUAUUGGAAGGUAUCCCUGGACAAUAUAGAACAGUUGCAGGAAUAGAAGCUCAGAUGCGAGUGAUGUUCUACAUGGUUGGUCGGCAUGUGGAUGCUUGGAAAUCUUUUGACAAUGCUGUCACCAAGCUGAGAGGCGGCGGGGAAAGGAAAUCUGCGUUUUUUGGAUUUGUGUUGAACCAGAUGGGUUUGGCGUGCGUUCAACUGUAUAAAAUAGAAGAGGCUGCUACACAUUUUGAAGAAGCUAGAGAGAUCUUGGAGAGGGAGUGUGGAACCUAUCAUUUGGACACUCUUGGUGUGUAUAGCAACCUAGCUGCAACUUACGAUGCAUUAGGAAGAGUUGAAGAUGCCAUUCAAAUAUUGGAAUAUAUACUCAAAAUGAGAGAAGAAAAGCUUGGAACUGCAAAUCCAGAUGUUGAUGACGAAAAGAAAAGAUUGUUUGAGCUUUUGAAAGAAGCAGGAAGAGUUCGAAGUAGAAGGGGAAAAUCUCUGGAAAAACUUAUAGAUUCAAACACCUUAAAGAUGAAGAAAGAAAGUAGAAGGAGAUGGGGUGCAUUUGGUUUAAGAACAUAAGAGGUCUUGUUCUUACAACAACGUUUUGCACUUUUGUGCAUUUGUGAAAGUUUUUCCAUAAUCUUGUUGCAUGAUUUAGUUUUGAUGAAAAAAUGAAAGAGAGUAAAUUAUUUGUGAAGGAAAGUCAUGUAGAAGUGUGAUAUAUAAGCAUAUAAGAGAUUUUGUUU